AUGGACACUACUGAAAAUUAUUUGCAAUGUAAAUGGCAUGUACAUAAAAUUGGAGGUAGUAUUCUAGGUACCUCAGAGAACUAUUCAAAAGUUUUGGAUGUCAUUGAACACUCUAAAAAUGAUCAUAUUGCAUUCGAUAAGAGUAUUGAUUCUAGCAGUGCUUCUAGUGUGAGAUCGGUUCAAGCUGUUGUUGUCUCUGCAAUGGAAGGUGUAACCAAUACACUGUUGAAAUUAACACAAUUAGCAAAGUCACGUGAUAAUUCCUACGAACAAGUUGCCGAUCAACUUUAUGACAAGUUGGUCAAGUGUUCGCGUGGUCUCAUCAAUGCUGAGCUAUCAGCUGAAUUCGAAUCGGAACUCAAGGCAGAUAUCACAAAGAUCAAAGAGGUGCUUCGUGCCAUCGCAAUCACACAGUCAAUGUCCGAGGAAAUGGAGGAUCUCAUCGUUGGACACGGUGAGGUUUGGUCGGCUCUCUUGCUGACACUCUACCUAAGAAGUAGAGGUAUAUCUACAAGCUGGUUGGAUACUCGAAAAACUCUCUAUGUUUCCAAAGGUGAAUGUGGACCAGUCAUUGAUUGGAAUCGUUCCGAAAGUGAAUUGACUCAAUGGAUGAAGCUAAACUUUACUGUAGACUUGAAGAUUCUAAUCGUCACUGGAUUCAUUGCGUGUUCGCCCACCGGAAUGCCAACAACACUUCAACGUAAUGGAUCGGACUACUCUGCUUCUAUUUUCGGUGCAUUAUUAAAGUCCAAGCUCAUUACCAUUUGGAAGGAUGUCGAUGGUCUGUUUAGUGCUGACCCCAAGAUAGUACCGAAAGCAACCAUUCUCAAAGAAAUCUCCUAUCAUGAGGUAAGCGAGUUGUCUUACUAUGGUGCCAAUAUUCUUCAUCCACAUACAAUGCCACCUGCCAUUAAAAAUAAUAUACCAAUUAGAAUUCGUAAUUUCUUUAAUCUAUCAAAUAAUGGUUCUUUAAUUCAUUCAGAUUCAUUCUUGGAAUCAGAAUCAAUUUAUAAUGUUAAAGGAUUCUCUGCUAUUCGUAAAGUAUCAUUGAUCAAUGUUGAAGGAGCAGGUUUAGGUGUCAGUAAUUUAGCACAACGUGUAUUCCUAGCAUUGAGAGAUGUAAAGGUAUCAGUACUUUUAAUAUCACAAGGAUCUUCACAAAGCUCUAUUUGUAUAGCAAUUCCUGAAAAAGAUGGUGACAUUGCAUUAGAGGCAAUCAAAAAAGAAUUCUUUAAUGAAAUUAAAUUCACUGGUCAUAUUCAAACUGUAAUUAUUGAAUUGUUAAAAGAACUUAAUAGAAUUGUUAUUGAAUUGGUAAAAGAAUGUAGUAUCAUUGCUGCGGUAGGUGAUAAGAUGGUUAGUUCAAUUGGUGUUGCUUCAAAGUUCUUCUCUGCUCUCACAAAGAGUGGUGUAAAUAUUAAAGCGAUUGCACAAGGUUCAUCGGAGAGAAAUAUUUCAGCCGUUUUGGUAGAUAAAGAUACACCUUUGGCAUUGAGAGCGGUGCAUUCCACUUUCUAUAGACCUUUCGAUCCUGAUGUCAUAUCGAUCGGUAUCGUUGGACCAGGUUUGAUAGGAUCAGAACUAAUAGAACAAAUCAAGAGAUCACUCAGCAACCCUACCUCUCAAAAGAAAUUGAAACAUCAAUUCGUGAUUCGUGCAAUAACAAACUCUAAACGAUCACUAUUCUCUACAACAGGCAUCGAUUUAGGCAAUUGGAAAGAUCAACUUGAUAAUUCAAAAGAAUUUUAUGAUUUAGAUAAGAUGGCAGAAUUCCUAUCAAAUAUUAAUCCUAGACAUUCUGUUAUUAUCGAUUGCUCUGCAAACAAAGAAAUACCAAAACUCUAUAGUAAGUGGUUAUCGAGAGGUGUUCAUGUGAUCACACCAAACAAAGUCGGCUUCUCAGGUACACAAGAGCUAUACGAUCAAAUCCAAUCGGCAUCCAAUAAGAAUGCCUCACAUCUAUACUAUGAGACAACAGUUGGUGGAGGUUUGCCAAUCAUUCAUAUGCUCCAACAGAUGGUAGCCACUGGAGAUCGUAUCACAAAGAUCGAGGGUAUCUUCUCGGGUACUCUAUCGUUCAUCUUUAAUAACUAUGGUCGUGAUAACUCGAAACGAUUCUCUGAUAUUGUGCUCACCGCAAAACAGAAUGGAUAUACCGAGCCUGACCCCAGAGACGACCUCAACGGACAAGACUUUGCACGCAAGAUUAUCAUUCUUACUCGAGAGGUUCUCGGUAAGUUCAAUGAAUCCUCUGUCGAUGUCGUCAGUCUCAUUCCAAAAGACGAUAACGAUGCACUGAACGCCAACACUGAAGAAUUCCUCUCGAAGCAUCUCAUCAAGCUAGACAGUCUCUACGACUCAAAGAGACAGAAUGCCAUCAAGAAUAACUCUGUUUUGAGAUACAGUGGUGUCAUUGAAUUCAACAAAGAGUGUAACGAUGCCAAAGCAUCAGUGUCACUCAGAGAAUAUCCAACAAGCCAUCCCUUUGCAAACUUGACUGAAUGUGAUAACAUCAUUGCAAUUUACAGUGAUAGAUACAACAAAACACCACUCGUAAUUCAAGGUCCUGGUGCUGGUGCAACUGUUACUGCUGCUGGUAUUUUUGGUGACUUGAAUCGUCUAUCAUUAAGACUUGAACAUGUUUAA